GCCGAGUUGUAUGAAAUUUAAUGUAAAUUGACCCAGAAAGGAGAAGACCUACAACCGGUUCAGUGUCGAAGCAUCUUUUGUCUUUUUCCGUCGCUUCUCUUCCCCCCCCGUAUUGUGCAGAAUGGCAGCGCCCGAGACAGCUUUCUCUGGCGGGUCUUUCGAAGCGGCGUAGGGGCUACUUAGGUGUGGCUUUCGGUUAGUUUGAUCGGCGGGCUAACGAAGACGAUCAGCGGGGUCUGGCCCGGGCAAGGAAGAUUAAGUGUCCAAAAAAUGAAUAGCGAUGAACUUCAGGCUUACGAAGAUGAAAUUAAGUCUUUGGAAGAAGAAAUUAAAAUGCUAACAGAAGAAUAUGAACACAGUCGACACCAGUCAAUGGCAUAUACUGAGGCAGAACCAAUGGAGAUCAUGAAAUUAUGUAGAAAAAAGCCUGAAGAAGAACUGAAGCAAUCCAAAUCUUCUCCUGAUCAGGAAACUCAACUUCACUUGUUGGAAGCUGAUCUCUCAUUUAUAAUGAAAUUUACAGGCAUUUUCUUUACACAUUAUUCACGUAAACUUGUGGAAAAAAAUGGAUCUAAAACUAUUCAAACUUAUAAGCUGUCAGGAAAGUGUCAGUCAAUCUCAUUUCAGUUGGAAUUUAAACUCACAAAAGAAAGUCAGAUGAACAGAAAUGCUUCAGCUAUAGUAACUGACCUUAAUGUUAUAACAGAAUGUGACAAGUACCGUGAUUUAAGCAAGCUUGUUUCAAGGGUUGAAGAAAAUGGGGAUCUCUGCCUGUUCUUCAGAAAUUUCACUUGUUUCUUUGAAUGGUGUAAACAUCGGGAACGUACGUUUGCUUAUUUUAAGAAUAAGUAUCCAGAUAUUGUUGUACUUCCUGAAGGAUUACAUGGAGAUUACAUGCUCUUAAGAAGCACUCAACUUUCCAAAUUUGAAUUAAUGAUUGUUUGGAAGAUACAGGUAGAUGAAAAAGGAAACAUUAUACCAUUCUUGGAUAUUUUGAACAAAAUACCACUACAAGGCGCUCUAGCUGACAAAUUUGCAUCAGAUGCUCCACAAGGUUUCAGAAGUCUCUUGCAUGUGAUUGGGAUAGAGGCCUCCAUUGAAACUCUGAUCAAUUUAAUUUCCGAAGACUAAUGAGUGCCAGGAAAACCAGUUACGCAUCUAUCAUUUUAUUGAAUAUAAACAUUAAGUUAUUUUUCAUUUAGAAACCAUACCCAUAAAACAUGCUAUCUGUACAAUUAUGGCACAUAUAUAUAUAAAUUGUCAUGACAAAUAAAUACAGCUUUUUAAAUACAAAACAUCAAAUCAGAUACGAGUAGAAUGCAUUUCAUUAAAAAAUUAACUUUCUGAAUCAAAGUGGUUUUUCCCCUUCUACAUCAGUUCCUAAAAUCUCCUCAGAUCAGCCUGAUAAAUUCAAGUCUAAAAAAAGUGGCAGUUUCAGUUCACAGCUGUAUAUAUGUAACAGUGAUUCUAGAAUAAUGAUAGAGAACAGUUUGAUAGUAAUUAAAAUUAAACUACAGAAACAUCAUACAGCAGCAUACCUACUUCUUCUUCCAUAAACAGUGAUUGAAGGCAAAUCAGGUUUAUCAUACUCAUAAAAUAGAAAUGAGACUUUUUAAUUUACAAAGCAUAAGCUGCAAUUUAUUAACCACAUGCUUCAUGAAGAAUAAGUACAGAAUGGGCAAAAAUAAUGGCACCGAUCUACAUAUAACUUGCCUAAAUAUUCCAGUAUUUUUUUCCAUAUUUAGAUUUCUUAGGAUCCAUUUUUUUUUAAUGUGACCCAAACAGAUAAGUAGCUAUGUAAAGUUUUCACCGUUCUUUUAAAGUGCUGUAAUAGUUUUUUUUAGAAAAAGCAAAGUUUAUAUCAGUUUUCAAAUACAAAGCCUCAAAUUGAGCAUUUUAAGCAAUAUUUGCAUCCCAUGCUUUCCUAGUUAUAGACAGUAAGAUGUAACAAUCUAAGUUAAAAACCUUGGUUAAUAAGCACUCAUCAUUUUAUAUCUGCCAAUGCAGCUUUAAUUAAACUUAGCAGCUUACCAUAUCAGCCCAACACAAAAUGGUUCUAUCUUAAGUUUGCCAAAACUAGAAUUUCUAUUCAAGAUUACAAAUUUUGUUUUCUGGAGGCAAGUUUUGGAUUCACACAUGGAAUGCCACAAAAGUCUUGCAUAGAACAGUGAGCAAAACAGCACUAUGCAAAGUUUUUAGCUUAUUUUGCCCCAUAUGCAUUUUCUAGAUGUAUGUAGAUUUUGAUCGAUUGCUGAUUGCAUAUUGCAGGUGAUACUUAUCCAAAUGAAAAGCCCAUUGCUGCACAGCUGUUUGUGUCAUAUAUUACUAGUUACUACUAAUUUGCUUUAAGAAUGGUAGCUUUUCUGGAAAAUACUUUGUAUUAUAAUGUGAAUAUUUCAACAAAAUAUUUUUGAACAACUUUAGCAAUACUCACAGUUACCAAUAAAGGUUGUGUUCAUUUAAUUCUGCAUUACUAAUUUAUUGGAUUCAAAUCACAUUCCAGAAAAAUGCCCUUAUCUGACAUCCACUAACUUGCAGCCCACAAGCUCAGGAGGACAAGAUCUUAGAAUUAAGAUGAAUAAAUAUCACAAAAUACAGGGUUGGUUUUUUAAAAAAUUAAUAGAUCUAGGAGCAGAACUCGUGAUACUCAUAAAUAUUAACAUUAAACUUAAUAUCAUAAUAGCAAAUGAACUGGAAUCCACACAAAAAUAUCAUUAGAGAUCUUUAGGGAUACUUUCAGACAUAAAUAUUUUAGUGAUGAUACAUUACAGUCAAAAGAUAAGUUGUGCCAAUAAAGGCCAGGCUAUAAAAAGUGGUAGGUGUCAAAGAAGCAAUUGCAGAACUCGGGGUUCUUACAUAAAGGAGCGCAGGGACAGGAGAAAGACUCUUCUUGCCUACUGCCAAGCCUACCAAAAUCACAUCUACAGGAAUUUGCAUCAUUAACACAAUUCAGAGAGCCGGUGAUGUACAGCUUUCUCUGGUGCAAGACACCUUUGGCUCUAAUCCAGCGAUUUUUCAAUAGCUGAAGCAGCUUUGGUUUCACGUUUUUCACAGCAUGUAAGAAUCCUUUGUCUACUUAUGUAAACAUUUAACUUUUACCAUUAGACAAUCUAGAAUUUCUCUUCCUGUUUUAAAAUGACCUACAAGUAGUUACCUGUAUCCCAAAAUUCUGAAUUCAGAGGACUAAUUACACAGUCUGCAUUAGAAAUGACAUGUAAUUGCCACUGCGCAGCACAGCAGGGAAAGACUAGGCCUUCCAUUGCAAAAUCUAAGGCAUAUUUUCUAUUUUUGUGUGCAAGAUGUGGUUAAAAAAAAAAA